AAAAAACUAAAAUUUUUGUGUGAAAAUUUUAAAUUAUUUAAAUUUAAAACGAAAUUAUGAGUAUACGUGGACGUAGUAGAUCUCGCGGUGGCAGUGGCAGUGCAAAGCGCUGUAUGAGACCAGGUCCAAUAACCAAAAAUGGUUAUCUAAAUUUUCUUAGAGAAUAUCGCAAAGCCUGCUGUGGUAUGUCGCCUCAAGAAACCAUAAUACGUGGGGCCCAACAAUGGAAUAAGUUGUCGGAAAAGGAGAAGGAAAAGUAUAAUCGAAUGAGCAAACCUCGUCGCCGCCGCCGUCGCCUCUCUAGUGCCAAACGUUGUAUGCGACCCGGUCCCGUUACCAACAAUGGUUAUUUAAACUUUUUACGUGAUUAUCGUAAACAAUGCUGUGGAAUGUCACCUAGAGAAACCAUAAGACGUGGCGCUCAGCAGUGGUUAAAACUAUCGGAAGAGGAAAGAGAAAAGUAUAACCGUUUAGCCAGACGUCGUAGUAGAAGUGGAAGCCGAGGUCGCAGACGUGUAUGUUGAAGAGAAGGUGUAUUUGUUAGUAAUUUGUCCAAAGAUUUAAUCAUGUAACGUAGAAUUUUUAGAACUAAAUGCGCAGUUAAUGUAAUAAAGCUUUUAAAUGGG